AUGGCUCCCUCAUUCGAUCAUCUGCGCGAGGCAGACCUCGACGACGACGAGUUCAACGAAGAUGACAUUGACAUUUCCGACUUGCGCGAAAAGUUUGAGGUUCAGCUCGAGCAGGGCUACGACACGUUUGUCGUCGUCGACGGACUGCCCCAGGUAAACGAGGAACAGAAGCCAAAGUUGACAAAGUUCUUGCUCAAGAAGCUCAACUCGGUCGGAAAGACUCGAGAGGACUCAAUAUACAUGCCCAUGGGCGACGAUGGAAAGUCUCUUCAAUUUGCCUUUGUUGAAUACUCGCGCCCGUCGGAAGCCGCGGCAGCGGUCCGUCAGCUUGACAUGGUGCCCCUGGACAAGAAGCACACCCUGCGGAUCAACAAGAUGACCGACAUCGAGCGAUAUGGAGGAGAGGGCCGCAUCGACGACAAGUACCGCGCUCCCCACAUUGACGAGUUCACCGAAAAGGAGCACCUUCGAUGGUGGCUGAAGGACCCGUCGAGCCGCGGGCGCGAUCAGUUUGUCAUGUUCCGCGGAGAAACCGUCGGCGUGUACUGGAACAACGAGCGAGACCAGCCCGAGAAUAUCGUCGAUCGCCAGCACUGGACGGAAACCUUUCUUCAAUGGUCGCCGCUCGGCACAUACCUCACGUCGAUGCACGCCCAAGGCGUCCAGCUCUGGGGUGGUCAGUCGUGGUCGAGACAGGCUCGGUUUGCUCACCCAUACGUCGACCUCGUUGCCUUCUCACCGAGCGAAAAAUAUCUCGUCACCUGGUCGCGUCGGGAGAUUUCGAUCCCCGACAGUGGUCACCCUGCCUUGUCAAUCGACGAUGAGGGCAAAAACUACGUCAUCUGGGACAUCGCAACAGCCGCACCCCUCCGAUCGUUUGCCAAUCUGGAGCUGCCCAAGGUGGAAGAAGGCAAGCCGCCGGCCAAGAUGCAAUGGCCUGCCUUCAAGUGGUCCGCCGACGAAAAGUACGUGGCGCGGCUGACGCAAGGAUCCUCCAUCUCGGUCUAUGAACUCCCCAGAAUGAACCUUCUCGACAAGACCAGCAUCAAGAUUGAUGGCGUUGUGGACUUUGACUGGGCCCCGGCAACGCCCCAGCGGGACGGCGUCAAGAACUACGAGCAGCUGUUUUGCUUCUGGACGCCCGAGAUUGGGAGCAACCCCGCCAAGGUCGGCUUGAUGAGCGUCCCGUCAAAGCAGAUUGUGCGAUCCCUCAACCUCUUCAGCGUCAGCGACGCCAAGCUCCACUGGCAGUCCGAGGCCGCAUAUCUCUGCGUCAAGGUCGACCGACACUCCAAGUCAAAGAAGUCGCAGGCCACGACGCUCGAGAUUUUCCGCAUCAAAGAAAAGGGCGUCCCCGUCGAGGUGGUGGACACUAUUAAGGACACGGUCAUCAACUUUGCAUGGGAGCCGCGCGGUGACCGAUUCGCCAUCAUCACGACGACAGAGCCCGUCGGUGUCACGGCCGUGCCCCCAAAGACGGCCGUCUCCUUCUUCUGCCCGGAAAAGAGCAAGGGGCCGGUGGCGGGCAACUUCAAGCACCUCCGCACACUCGACAAGAAGAACAGCAAUGCUAUCUACUGGUCGCCCAGGGGCCGCUUCGUUGUCAUUGCCACGAUACACAACCAGCAAAGCUCGGACCUCGAUUUCUUUGAUCUUGAUUUUGAGGGAGAAAAGCUCGAGGCAGAGAAGGACCUCACUGCCAACCUUCAGCUGAUGAACACUGCCGAUCAUUACGGUGUGACUGAUCUGGAGUGGGACCCGUCGGGACGCUUCGUGGCGACGUGGGCAUCCUUCUGGAAGCAUACGAUGGAAAACGGGUACCACAUUUACGACUUCAAGGGCGAGCCCCUGCGAGAGGAGCCUGUGGAGAAAUUUAAGCAAUUCCAGUGGCGCCCUCGGCCACCGACUCUGCUGUCAAAGGAGGAGCAGAAGCAGGUCCGCAAGAACCUGCGCGAGUACAGCAGGGCGUUUGAGCAAGAGGAUGCCGAUCGUGGGGCUACUGCGGAUCUAGCGGUGGUCGAGGCCCGUCGCCAGAUGCUCGAUGAGUGGCAUAGCUGGAGAGCUGAUGUCGAGGGGGAGCUUGCGGAGGACCGGGCGAGCCUUGGCCUGCCGGCGGAUCCCCACACAGCACUUCUCGAGGCGAAGACCAGGACGAUGCAAGGCCCGGAUGGGGACCAGGAAUUGACCAUUGAGGAGAUUGUCGAGGAUGUACUGGAAGAAAGCGAGGAGAUUCUCGCAUAG